AUGGAAAACCGUUCAAUCGUCUCAGAAACCGCCAACGCCUCUUGCACCAACGCCUCUUGCGCCAACGCCUCUUGCGCCAACGCCUCUUGCGCCAACGCCUCUUGCGCCAACGCCUCUUGCGCCAACGCCUCUUGCGCCAACGCCUCUUGCGCCAACGCCUCUUGCGCCAACGCCUCUUGCGCCAAGGCCUCUUGCGCCAAGCACCAUGCGAGCGCGCGCGUGACAACAUACAUGGCAAGCCGGUUUCACCUCUUUCCUGCAGCGACCACCAACAUCUCGACCUCGAAACGCCCGGCCCUUCUUCCGCUCUUCCUCCAUCUCCUCUCGCAUGCAUGCUUGCAUCCCCUUCCGUGCUGCUCUGCUGCGUCCCUCCCCCUCGCUCCCCCUCCAUGCGCACCCCUUCCCCCCCUCUCCCUCCCGCCCUCCCCUCUCCCUGAGCAGGUGCGCAAGCAGCAAGGGAGCAGCGCCAGGCGACUGACUGCAAGGGAGGAGGUUGGAGCAGCGCUGUGGGAGCAGCGCCAAGGCAGCUGA